AUGGCCCGACUUAAUGCGACGCCAGCGAAGAGGGUCGAUGCCCGGAGGCUCACUAAAUUAUCCGACAAGAAGGGACAGCAUAUCUCCAUCCGACGCUUAUUCGGGGAGCGCUUCCCCACGGCCGCGGCGGACACAGACAGGCAGGAACAAUGGACAACCACGAAGGAGACACACCCCAAGCAGAGAUCCCAUGGACUCGCGGAGAGACGGCCGCUCGAACGAAGCGGAUCGCAGAGAUCGGGAAAGACGCCGAUAGCCAGUUUCGAUAUCCUCCCCGACAGCGAUGGGCUGAGCGACGUGGACCACGAGAACGACUUCUCACCGCGUCUCGCCCGUGGAGACAAACCGAAGCCGUCGAAACCUCUCAAGCUGGCGCAUGUUAAUUCGCUGUUGCUUCCUUUGUCGCAGCAGCCUCGCAACCGGCCGGCCCAGAAGUUGGAAACAUACGACUACGCCAAGGAGAACGACCCCGUUGACGAGGAAGAGGAGGAUACCACGCCUACGAUAUCAAGACAUUCCUCUAACGCCUCGACGCGGCAGUCGCCCGCGAGGAGAAAUGCCCGGCAGGACCGGGCGAAGGACGGCGACCACCACAAAUUUCUCAAGUACCGUCAGACUCAGGAGACUGUAUCUGAAGACGAUGACGGCAGCCAUGAUGAUAGUCUGGGCUCGCUUGAAGAUUUCAUUGUCAGCGACGACGAGGAAUUGAGCUACCAUGCAACAUCUGAAGAAGAUUCAGAGGAGGAGGAAAUCCAGAAGAAGGUCAUCUCUCCGCCUAGACCAAGGAGAAGGUUGAUGAGAGGCAGACGGCAGAACCUAGAGGUACAGGUGGAGGAGGCAUUGGCCGUAUCAUACGGAGAAGAGCUUCGCUUGGAACCUUCUCUGCCAGCCGCAAUGACAGUGCCAGCGUCCAAGCUGCAAGUAGAAUCAAAGAGGUGGUCCCAGAAGGACGGCGGGAUCUCUGAAGAGAUCCACAACCUGACUCUAGAAGACAAUGACCCUGCCGACCAACUACCGAAAGACCUCUUUGAAUUUACGGAAGAUUCCGCUUCUCCAGCAGAGAAACUACAGGAAGUAGAAGUCAUUCUGGGGACACCACCGCCUAGUCCCUCUAAAAGCCUUCUCAGAUCGCCAACGAAGGAGAGAAUCCACAUACCACCCACCCCGUAUCGUGAGAGCGUUGAUGCCUUCUGGAGCCAGGAAGUCAUCAACGAUUGGGUCGACCGACACUCACCGCGUAAAGAGGGAGCUGCCCUAGAGCAUGUGCUACGGGAGUUUGAUGACUCUGAUGCAGAUACAAGUGGUGAUACAAGACCCGACAACAUGCGCAAGCCCCAAAAGGGGCAAAAGGAGCCCAAAACCCCAAGCAAGACAGCCCUGAAGCGAGCAGAGACAGAGAAAAAGAAAGCCGACCUCGCGCGGAAGAAGUCGUUCGAUGAAAAGAAAGCGCAAAUCGCCAGCGAUUUCCUCAAGGUUCUAGACGACGCGGUCUCUGGAGGCCAGGUCCAGAAACUUGCAGAGGAAACGGGUGGUGUCCGGAUUGUCUGGAGCAAGAGCCUAUUAACGACUGCGGGCCGUGCUGUCUGGAAACGAGAACGAACGGAGAAGAAGCCUCGGGCAUCUGACAGCGGAUCCGAGCCAUCAACCCUUACCAAGCAACACGCAACGAUUGAGCUGGCAGAGCGCAUCAUCGACAACGAACAUCGCUUGCUCAACACACUGGCGCACGAGUACUGCCAUCUGGCCAACUACAUGAUCUCGAACGUGCAUAACAACCCCCACGGGGCGAGCUUCAAGCAAUGGGGUCGCCGGUGCAAAGAGGCGCUGAAGGACCACCCCGUCUACGGCGGACAGGUGGAGGUGACGACCAAGCACAGCUACCAGAUCGACUACAAGUAUGUCUGGAGCUGCGUGGACUGCGGGCAGAACUAUGGACGGCACUCGAAGAGCAUCGACACCACCAAGUCGCGCUGUGGGAAAUGCAAAGGCCUCCUGCAGCAGAUCAAGCCGAAGCCGAGAAACGUCUCGCCGAGGAAGAAGCCGCUGCAGAGCUCGGAGCGGUUCGAGAAGAAGACGGUCGAGGACGUGGCGGGUAUCCUUGGGGAAGUCAGCUUGUACAGUUAG